CCCAGUGACGUCGCAAUAGCUCGUCAACAUGGCCGAUCAGACAAAGUACUACGAGCUGUACCGCCGAAGCAGUCUGGGCGGUGCCCUCACAGACACGCUGGACCACCUUAUCACUGAGCGCCGGAUCGAGCCCCAGCUUGCCAUGAAGAUCCUCAUAAACUUCGACAAAGCGGUUGCGGACGGGCUUGCUGAUAAGGUCAAGACUCGCCUGACAUUCAAGGGUCACCUUGACACGUACCGAUUCUGCGAUGAUGUCUGGACGUUCAUAAUCAAGGAUAUCAACUUCAAGCUCGACAACUCGAACCAAGUUCACGCCGACCGCGUCAAGAUCGUCAGCUUACCCAACAAGAGCGCGACAGCGGCGCCAGGAAAAUAGAUACAUGCAGCAAAUUGUCACGACCCAGACACGAUGGAGAAGUGCUUAUGGGAUGUCGUCGACCGACAUGCGUGUUUUUGGGCAGUCUGAGAUCGCAAAGGAAUGGGAACCUGUUUGGUUGCUACGGGCGUUUGGGAAGACUGCGGCAGUCAUGGAUACCUUGAGCAUGAAUUCGGAGUUUUGAGAUUUGCCAAACCAAUUUGAAGUUACUUUUUGAUAC